AUGGCGGAUGAUGACAAGCGCCAGCUUUGCGGGAUGAGAGAUUCAUGGCGACAUUCUCUGUUUGAAUGUUCAGUGACAAGGUGCGUGUGGGCUCUGGUAAAUGAAAAUAUUCUAGACUUCCUACAGUCGUCGGCAGAGCCGAAUGCCAGGGUGUGGUUGUUCUCAGCCUUUGAUCAUCUACCUCGAGACAGUCAGGUUACGAUGGUGGUGACCAUGUGGGCAAUAUGGUGGGCAAGAAGAAGGGCUAUCCAUGAGGGUGAGCUCCAAAGCCCACACGCGACUCAUUCUUUUGUUACAAACUUUAUCGCAGAACUGGCAACCAUCCAGGCCGGGCGGGUGACACCAAAUGAUGAACAACAUGGAGGUCCGAGGCUUGCUGCUGGGCAAGGAUGGAGGGCGCCUGAAGUGGGAUCUAUUAAAAUUCAAGUUGAUGGGGGAGUUUCAAGAAAUGGGAGAAGAGGGGCAGCGGCUACCAUCGGAAGGAACCAUGAAGGAUUUUUCCUUGGAUCUUCAGCAAUGGUUUUUGAUGAAAUAAAUGACCCACCAAUGCUGGAAGCUUUAGCUUGCCGCGAGGCUCUUGCCCUGGCUCGGGAUCUAUAUGCAGACCACAUUGUUGUGGCGUGUGACUGCAAGACCGUGGUGGAGGAAAUCAAGAUGGGGUCAGAAGGAAGAUACAACAAUAUCAUCAAGGAGAUCCAAGCUCAGUUCAGGGACGCCAUGUGUGGCUGGGAGAACCCCAUGAUCCCUUUGUCAUUCCUGUAA